CCUCCGCCGGGCAGCUGAGCACAUGGUUUUGUAUGUUAGUCCACUGGGAUAAAGGACUCCUGCUUCAAACAGCACGCUCCUGCAUGCUCUUAUUACCAUUAGUUGAAUUUCAGAGCCAACAGGAAUAUAAAGAGCAAGAAAAACAGAAAAGGCUGAUUAAACAGCUGUCAGAAUGUACUGAAACCUCAGGAGAAUCAGGUGGGACGUAUUACCUUUAAAAACCAGUUGCCUUGUCGACAUGUGGACCUCAGUGCCUUCAUCAUGUCUCUGUUCACACACGGGUUGGCCUGCCUCUUUGGCAUCGGAUCAUGGGUGGCUAUUAACGGGAUGUGGGUGGAGCUACCUCUGAUCGUCCCCUCCAUUCCUGAGGGUUGGUACCUGCCCUCCUACCUCACAAUCAUUAUCCAGAUGGCCAACAUCGGGCCUCUCUUCAUCACGCUCAUGCACCGCUUCAGACCGGGCGUGCUGGACGAGCGGCCCGUUAUCUACACGAUCGUAACGGUCGGUGUGGUGGCCACCUUCCUCCUGGCGUUCCUCUGGAACCGCACACUUACUUUUGGAGGAGGCGAACACAGUGCUGCCCUACUGUCCCUCAGCUUCCUGCUGUCUGUGGUGGACUGCACCUCGUCCGUCACCUUUCUACCCUUCAUGAUGCGUCUGCAGCCUCGGUACCUCACCACCUACUUCAUUGGAGAGGGUCUAAGCGGUCUGGUCCCGGUGCUGGUGGCUCUUACCCAAGGCGUAGGGGUGGUCCACUGCAAAAAUGCCAGUGUUAAUGCGAACUUUAGCAUGGGGAACUCAUCCUUGGGAUUCGAUGGAGAACUGCAGGCACACUACCAACGGGCCAACUUCUCCGCUCAGGGUUUCUUCCUGUUCCUCAGUGCGAUGAUGAUGGUGUGCCUGGGCGCUUUCUUGUUACUCAACUUCCACCCAGCUGUGGCGCGGGAACACAAGAGCAAAGGUUAUGUUGAUGAUUCUCAGCGGGUGGAGAAGAUUGAUAUGAGCCAAUCCCUAAACAGUGAAACUCCAGAGCAAAGGCCCAUGUUGGAUUUCCCAGAAGGCCCGGUGAUAAAACGACGCAGUUCAUUUGGAAAAGGAACCUACAGCAGAACCGAGCUGGUCUUCAUAUUUGUAGUUCUGGCCUGGGUCAAUGCACUGACCAAUGCAGUCCUGCCCUCGGUCCAGGCUUACUCCUGUUUGCCGUAUGGAAAUCAGGCCUAUCACCUUGCAGCCACUUUGUCUUCAGUAGCCAAUCCAGUGGCUUGUUUCAUUGCCAUGUUUGUACCAAUCAGGUCUCUGGUGCUGAUGGGGUUUCUGACAGUGACAGGAACAGGGUUUGGAGCAUAUAUAAUGGGCAUGGCAGCACUAAGCCCUUGUCCUCUGCUGAUCAGUCAUGACCUAGGAGCAGCACUCAUCGUCUUAACCUGGGUCAUAUUUGUCCUGACUCUGUCCUAUGUGAAGGUGAUUAUUGGAGUGAUCCUGCGAGAUGAAGGCCACAGCGCCCUCGUGUGGUGUGGAGCUGUGGUGCAGCUGGGCUCUAUGUUAGGUGCCCUGUCUAUGUUCCCUUUGGUUAGUGUCUAUACACUUUUCCAGUCGGGAGAUCCCUGUAAUACCAAGUGCCCUAAAUAAAAGCAAUCAUUAUUUUGAUAGAUUCAGAGUAAAACAAUAAGGCACUGACUUAUAGUUACAGUGUAACUUGUCAGUUAUGAUAUUUUUGUUAUUUCAAUGUAAUACUUGAUAUGUCGUGUUUUUAUUAUCGUGUUGAACUGUUGCCGAGAUCAUUUUUGUUUUGUUUUGUUUUGUUUAAGAAUUGGAAAAUAUUUAUGAUUGUAAGACAUGAUGCUUAAUAAAAGCCAUGCCAAUCCUAUUUUUGUUCUUUUUUUUUUUCAAGACUUUAGUAAGUUUUGAAAUAAAUGAAUACAUACAUAAAUAAAUUUUGUUCUCUCAGAAUGAAGCUGUGUUGUGGUAAUUCCUUUGAAACAUAUAUAGAACACAUAACACCAUCAUACAGUUGCUCUGAAUGUGAAAUUUUUAUAGGCAAGCGUUAAAUUAUUUAUUGUUAUCAGGGCAGAGUGCUGCAUAACUACACACAUCAGCAAAUGUGACAGGAAUUUUCAUUUCCAUAAAUCAUCAGGCUCUUGAUAUAGCUCGCUUUA